AUGUUAAAGGUUGGCGCUCGAUUCAAGGAUGUUGAACUUCACGCCAGCUACGCGACUCGUCCGAAUUUUCCCGCACCUCUUCCGCCUUAUUACAGCCCGUACCAGUACCCGUACCCGUCUUCGCGCCCCGCUUCUGCACCUCCUUCUCCGCCAAGUUCCAGUUCUCGGCCGAGUUCUCUGCCGAGUUCGCCAAUUUACCCGCUGCCACCCGCUUACCACAUCAUUUCUCCUCAGGGCUCCCAUACGGGUUCCCUGCUCUACUCGGCCGAUCAGCCAAUCUAUGGAGCUCGAGGCCGACAAAACGUAGACCCGCCAAUCCAAAGGCCCACUCGACGAAGAAGUCAAGGACACCCCCGAAUUCCGCUUUACCAGCAGCGUCUCGAGUCGCCAGCACGCCGACGCCACCAGCAACAACGCCAGCAACCCCUUCGCGAGCAAGUUCAGCGUCAGCAGCCGCAGCGCCAGCAACCACAACGCCAGCAGCCUCAACGCCAGCAGUCACAACGCGAGCAGCAACAACGCGAGCAACGCCAGCAGCCGCAACGCCAGCAGCCCAAGCGCCAGUCGACUCGGCACUCGUCUCAGCUCGCUCGACAGCCAUCUCCAGCGCCGACGUUCGUCCCAGCGCCGACGUACGACCCAGCUCCAGCGACAGCUCCGACGCCAGCUCCCGUUCCAGAGCAAACGCUUACUGCUGCCGAGCGCGAAGCCAAGUUUGCCGACGUCGCUCGAUGGCUCGACGUGCAAGAGGAUCCCGAGCCCGAUUUGAUCCCAAUUAAUUCUGUGAAGCGGUGGAGCAUUGCUUCCACUUUGAACUCGGUUGUCGAUGACAAUCUCAGCGCCGAGGGCCUCACCGGAUGUCUCAAAGGCACAAAAUUGGCCAAGCUGCUCAAGGGACUUCCAAUCACCGACGAGCCGAUCGAUUUGCCUAGUGAAGGCUGGUCAUUGCUCGACAUGGAAGAUGCCAUCAACUCUGCCACUGCCUCCGAAAUCUACAAACAUUUGACGACUGCUCCGAUGGUUGCUCAUCCCUGGCCCGACUGGCGAAUCGAUGAUCUCGCCAACGUCAAAGUGGCCUAUUUGCUCGUCGCUGGCUUCAUCCCCCUCGCCACAAUUCCCGAAUACGAUCCGGGAGCAAUUCGAUGGAAUCUACAGGAGUGCCGAAUGUCUGGCACAAUCAAGCCAAUUCAGAAAAAGCUCCUCCGAUACAACCUAGAGCUCAAGCUCUACCAAAGCGCAAUCAGCCAAAACGAAGAGCAAAUUCGUUCUUCUAAAGAAAACGACGACCCCUCCGGCGAGCGCGAGCGAUUCAACACGCUCUUCAAUCUUCUCCGAGGUCGCGAUCCUCGCUCCCUCAACCACAGCGUCAGCCGACCCGAUGAGCCAAUCUUGUGGGCUAUCUGCAGCGCCGCCCGUUCCUUUGAGCACCUCGUCGGCUGGCUCCCCAAGCACGCGAUGGCCCAAAAUCUGCUCGCCGCCAAUGCUGCUACUCGACCAACCGAGUCCGACGCCUUUUGCACAUUGUUCAACUAG